CGCCGUUGGAGCAGCCCUGGAGCCGCCGAGCCCGGCUCUGGCGCUUCCCCGCGUCGCAGCCAAGUGCUUGUUGCCAUGGAGAUCGUGUACGUGUACCUGAAGAAGCGCAGCGAGUUCGGGAAGCAAUGCAACUUCUCGGACCGCCAGGCGGAGCUGAACAUCGACAUCCCGCCCAACCCCGAGCUGGCCGAGCAGUUCGUGGAGCGGAACCCCGUCGACACGGGCGUCCAGUGCUCCACCAGCAUGUCCGAACACGAGGCCAACACCGAUCGGUUCGAGAUGGAGACCCGGGGGAUCAAUCACGUCGAGGGGGGCUGGCCCAAGGACGUGAACCCCCAAGAGCUGGAGCAGACCAUCCGCUUCCGGAAGAAGGUGGAGAAGGACGAGAAUUACAUCAAUGCCAUCGUGCAGCUGGGCACGAUCAUGGAGCACUGCAUCAAGCAGAACAACUCCAUCGACAUCUACCAGGAGUACUUUGACGAUGAGGACACGGCGGAGGUGAUGGAGGAAGCCCCUUCCGCUAAGACCAUCAAUGUCUUCAGGGAUCCCCAGGAAAUCAAGCGGCCCGCCACACACCUGUCCUGGCACCCCGAUGGCAGCCGGAAGCUGGCGGUGGCCUAUUCCUGCCUGAAUUUCCAACGGGCACCCCAGGGCAUGAGCAAUGAGUCCUACAUCUGGGACCUGGACAACCCCAACCGGCCGGAGAUGACCCUGAAGCCGGCCUCCCCGCUGGUCACCUUGGAGUACAACCCCAAGGACUCCCACGUGCUGCUGGGGGGCUGCUACAAUGGGCAGAUUGCCUGCUGGGACACGCGGAAGGGCAGCCUGGUGGCAGAGCUGUCCACGAUCGAGUUCAGCCACCGCGACCCCGUGUACGGCUCCAUCUGGCUGCAGUCCAAGACGGGCACCGAGUGCUUCUCCGCGUCCACCGACGGGCAGGUCAUGUGGUGGGACAUCCGGAAGCUGAGCGAGCCCACCGAGGUGGUGAUCCUGGACAUCACCCGGAAGGAGAUGCUGGAGAACGCCCUGGGGGCCAUCUCGCUGGAGUUCGAGUCGGCGCUGCCCACCAAGUUCAUGGUGGGCACCGAGCAGGGCAUCGUCAUCUCCUGCAACCGCAAGGCCAAGACGGCGGGCGAGAAGAUCGUGUGCACCUUCUCGGGCCACCACGGCCCCAUCUACGCGCUCCAGAGGAACCCCUUCUACCCCAAGAACUUCCUUACGGUCGGCGACUGGACGGCUCGCAUCUGGUCGGAGGACAGCCGGGAGUCGUCCAUCAUGUGGACCAAGUACCACAUGGCUUACCUCACGGAUGGCACCUGGAGCCCCGUGAGGCCGGCCGUGUUCUUCACCACCAAGAUGGACGGGACCCUGGACAUUUGGGACUUCGUGUUCAAGCACUGCGACCCGGCGCUCAGCCUGAAGGUGAGCGACGAGCCCCUUUACUGCCUCCGGGUGCAGGACAACGGGACCUUCAUCGCCUGCGGCUCCCAGCUGGGGACCACCACCCUGCUGGAGGUGUCCCCCGGCCUCUCCACCAUGCAGAAGAACGAGCGGAACUUGGCUUCCUCUAUCUUUGAGCGGGAGACGAGGCGCGAGAAGAUCCUGGAGGCGCGGCACCGGGAGAUGCGGCUGAAGGAGAAGGGCCGCGCGGAGGGCCGGGACGAGGAGCCGCGGGACGCGGAGCCGGCGGGCAGCCUGGACGAGCUGGUCAGCAAGGCCGAGGAGGAGUUCUUCAACGUCAUCUUCUCCGAGCUGAGGAAGAAGGAGGCGGAGGCCCUGAAGAACCAGCAAUCGGCUGCGCUGGCCCCCGUGGAGGAGGAGGAGCAGGAGCUGCAGAGCGAGGGCGAGGGCGCCCCCGAGGGCGAGGGGGACACCCACCUGGGAGACACCAACGAAGCCGAGGAGCCUUAGCCUGCACCCCCCCGCGCCCGGGAAGCCCCUCACCCCGCCCCUGGCACCGCCCGGCUUCCCCCCGUGGAGGGCUGAGUCCUCUCCCCGGUUUAUGUUUGUUUACUGGGUUUUGGGGUUGAUUUUCUGGGGAGCCACACCCAGCGGUGCUCAGGGCUGACUCCCAGCUCUGUGCUCAGGGGUCGCUCCUGGCGGGGCUCUGACCUCACGACCCCGGGACAGCCUGUGGAAGGCCAGUGCCCUAACCACUGUGCUAUCUCUCUGGCCCCUUGCUACACCUGGUGCUGGAAGCCAGGCAGGGCAGAGGCCAAACCUGGAGGAAGCCUGAAGUCCAGCUCUUGGAGUCCUCUCGGGGCCACUGGACAGAGCCCAGGCCCAGGGUGGGCCCAUGGCGGGAGGGCGGGGCAGGGCUCCCCCUCCAUCCUUUUGCCUUCGUCCCUCUCAGAUGCCCACAGGCCCAGGGGAGGCUGCCAAGGCGCCUCCUCCCGCUCUGGAAUGACCGUCGUAGCCACACACGAGUUCUGUCCAUUGUCUCCCGGGGUUUCCGCCGGGGGCGGGCACUGUAGCGCGAGCCCCAGGCUGCUCCCAGCCCUUCUCCCCGGGCGGA